UGGGCUCCAGCACAAGGGGCACUUUUCUCAUCCAGGUCAAAAGGGCAGGUGCUUGAGCACCACUCGGGGUCAAUCUGUGCACGUGCCUGCUUCCACGUCUCUGAAUCAUCAGCUGAAACGACAUAUUUCUUCCAGGUGUGGUCAGAAUGGCGAAUCAUUAUCGAUAUCUACUGCUUAUGGUCCUUUGUGGCUGUCAUACAUGUCUCAGUGACGAUUCCAUCCAAAAUGAGAUGGGUCCUCUUGAGCUUACAGAAAACAAUGGGAUUCUCUAUGCUACAUGCAGAAUGCGGCCGAAUUCCAAGCUCACCUCCGGCAUGCCAAAGAUUUAUGGGCAAGUGAUGUUCAAGCAGGAGCAUGCUGGCGGUAAGCUGAGUGUAGUCAUCAACCUACAUGGCUUCCCUGCUCCUGAUGGACAGCACAGAGCCAUCCACAUCCACCAGUACGGGGACCUGAGUGAGGGCUGCUCCUCCACAGGUGGUCACUACAACCCCCUCUCAGUUAACCAUCCAGACCAUCCAGGAGACUUUGGCCACUUCCUGCCCUUGCAUGGGAAGAUUCGGCAGGCACUGGAUUCUGAUGCCACACUCUUUGGUGGCCCAUCAGUUCUUGGCAGGUCGGUGGUGGUCCAUGCCAAGGAAGAUGACCUGGGUCGUGGCGGUGAUGCAGGAAGCCUCCUUCAUGGAAAUGCUGGAGAGAGAUUGGCAUGCUGUGUCAUUGGGAUGGCAAGGCCCAAACAUUGGGACAACUUUCAACGAAAACACAGGCGACUGUAAUAUUAAAAUGGGAUAAAUAUGUCAAAUUGACUGGACUUUAACACUUAACACUAUAUAACAUACACUAUGGAAAGAUAAGAUUUUUUAAAUGUAGAAUUUGUAGACAUUUUACCGAAUUGUGUAACUUUUCUGUCUAACCUGAAUAAGCAUGUCAUUAUAGCAUGAUAUAUGAUCAGUGCAUAGUCCUUAAAGGUACAGUCCAACAAUUUUUUUUUUUUUUUUUGAACUCAAGAGACAAUCCAAUGCACUCCUCCCACAUUGGAUGGAAUAGUGUAUUGUUUAGUCCAAAUCCAGGGCUGAGCACGAGCACUGGAGCGCACAGGCACAACGGACAGGAAGAGGACAA